UCAGAAUUAAGUCCUGGAACAUAGCUUUAACCAAGGAAUACAUUUGGAGCCAAACUGAGUUUUUGUGUUUAUAUAUUCUGUAUUUCUUUUUUAAUUUAUCCCUAUUUGAUUUUUAUAUUCACGCGCUUUUCUUGAUCACCCAGAUCGCGAACACAUUUGUAUUAAUAGUAAUUGAUUUGAAAUGGAAGAAAGAUGUCGUCUAAUGUUGCUGUGCAGUGCUCUCGCUCUUCUGUGCGCGCUGGUGUCCUCUGCCGUGGACAGACAGUAUCUGAACGAAUGGGCGGUGGAGAUUCCAGGAGGAGCCGUCGCUGCCCGAGCCAUCGCCGACGACCUGGGCUACGAAUUAGUCCGACAGAUUGGGACGCUGGAAAACCAUUAUUUGUUCAAGAGGUACAAUCACCCAAGCAGGACCAAAAGAAGUGCAAAUCAUAUCACCAAACGUCUGUCGGAGGAUGACAGGGUGUCUUGGGCUGAACAGCAGUAUGAGAAACGGAGGGCCAAGCGUGCUCCUCUGGGGCCAGAAUGUAAGGACUGCUCUGUGGACAAACUCUUUGACGAUCCCAUGUGGAACCAGCAAUGGUACCUGCAAGACACUCGGACGUCUUCAUCCCUCCCCAAACUGGACCUGCACGUGAUCCCGGUCUGGAAGAAGGGCAUCACGGGCAAAGGUGUGGUCAUUACUGUGCUGGAUGACGGCCUGGAGUGGAACCACACCGACAUUUACCCCAACUACGAUCCUGCUGCUAGCUACGACUUUAAUGACAACGAUCCCAAUCCCUUCCCCAGAUAUGACUCCACUAAUGAGAACAAGCAUGGCACCAGAUGUGCUGGCGAGAUUGCCAUGCAAGCAGACAAUAACAAAUGUGGUGUCGGAGUGGCCUACAACUCGAAAGUGGGAGGAAUACGAAUGUUGGAUGGCAUUGUGACAGAUGCCAUUGAAGCAAGUUCUAUUGGCUUUAACCCUGAACACGUGGACAUCUACAGUGCCAGCUGGGGCCCUAACGAUGAUGGGAAGACUGUGGAGGGGCCCGGCCGUCUGGCCCAGAAGGCUUUUGAGUACGGUAUCCAGAAGGGGCGUGGUGGGAAGGGCUCCAUUUUCGUGUGGGCAUCGGGUAACGGUGGGCGUCAGGGCGACAACUGCGAUUGUGAUGGAUACACAGACAGUAUCUACACCAUCUCUAUCAGCAGCGCCUCUCAGCAGGGUCUCUCUCCAUGGUACGCGGAGAAAUGCUCCUCUACACUGGCUACAGCAUACAGUAGCGGAGACUACACUGACCAGAGAAUAACUAGUGCCGAUUUGCACGAUGAAUGCACAGAGACACACACUGGAACGUCUGCAUCUGCCCCAUUGGCUGCUGGGAUAUUUGCCCUGGCUUUGGAGCAGAACCCUGAUCUGACCUGGCGAGACCUUCAGCACUUGAUAGUUUGGACGUCUGAGUUUGACCCCCUGGCCAAUAACCCAGGCUGGAAGAGGAAUGGAGCUGGAUUGAUGGUCAACAGUCGUUUCGGCUUCGGCCUGCUGAACGCCAAAGCCCUGGUUGACCUGGCCGAUCCCAAAGUCUGGGAGCAUGUUCCGGAAAAGAAACAGUGCAUCGUCAGAGAUGAGAGCUUCCAACCAAGACCAUUAAAGGCUGCAGGUGAGAUUACCAUUGAGAUCCCCACUAGGGCAUGUGCAGGACAGGCCAAUUCCAUCGCAUCUUUGGAGCAUGUGCAGGUGGAAGUGAGCAUCGAGUACACACGGAGAGGAGACCUUCACAUCACCCUAACAUCUCCAUCAGGUACCACUACAGUCCUUUUGGCAGAGAGAGAGAGGGACACGUCAUCCAACGGUUUCCGGAACUGGGCCUUUAUGUCCGUGCACACCUGGGGAGAGAACCCCACUGGCACAUGGACCCUGAAGAUUACAGAUAUGUCAGGACGAAUGGAGAACGAGGGACAGAUUCUCAGCUGGAAGUUGAUUUUGCAUGGCACGUCUGGAAAGCCGGAGCACAUGAAAAAAGCGAGGGUGUACACACCAUACAAUGCCGUGCAAAACGAUCGCAGAGGAGUGGAACCCAUGGAAGACAUGAUCAAGGAAGCUCCCACCCCAUCUCAGAAGCCUGAAAAUUCAAGUCCAGUAGCCCAAGAUUCACUCCCUUCCACUGCUUCUGCCAGUGUCCCAGAGGGAAAUCAGGCUGCUGGCCCCUCCACCGCCAGUCUGGCCCUGCUACGCCUCCUCCAGUCGGCCUUCAACAGACAGACUCCUGCGAUUCCUCCCCACAUACUGGCUGCAUCUCCCAAGGUCUUGCAACGUGAAAGGAUCCCUCCUCAGAAGCUAUACCAGGCCCUUGACCAGCUAAACCGAUACAGGGGCUCCGAGAACGGUCUGUUCAGUGACUACAGUGACAGCUUCUACAGAGUGCAGCCAUACAGGCACAGAGAUGACCGGCUGCUGCAGGCACUGUUUGAUAUGCUUGGAGACGACCAGCAGUGAGAUGGGUGGAGGGAGAACAGAAAGAAGGAGUAGUUCACCCAAAAUGAAAAUUCUGUCAUCAUUUCCUCAACAUCACGUUGUUCAAAACCUGUAUGACUUCCUUUCUUCCAUGAAACAAGAAAGCAGAUGUUAAAGCAGGCAGUAAUUUAUUCUCAGUCACCAUUCCCUUUUAUUGCCUUUUUUUUCAUACAAAGAAAGUGAACGGUAACUGAGGCUGUCAGUCCAUAACAUUCUGCCAAACACCUCCUUUUGUGCUCCACCAAAGAAGUCAUACGGGUCUGAAAAAACAUGAGGAUAGAAUUUUCAUUUUUGAGUGAACUAAGAGGUAGACGUAAGGGGACUAAAGUUGAGGGGGAUGAAGUGACAGGGCACAGAGAAGAGUGUGUUCUAUUCCAGACAAGCUUGUUUUUAUCUGCACAUGUAGUUAUCCAUUAUAAGCAUUCUAAGGCCUGUAUUUGUCAGUGUUUGAGAAUAUAUGUGGUGAACUGCCAGCUGUAUUUAUCCCUCAGUUUUGAACCAGGUUACUAAGACUAAAAAAUGAAAAGAAGAAAAAGCAGAUCCACAGGUACACCAACCUGUAUCAGCCAGUGUCACAUGACUAAUUAAAGGACCAAUCAUGGCCUCUCUUACCCUUCACCAUAUUGUUGAGUGUUCUCAUGAUGCCUUCACUGCAUGCUUUUAAAACGUUAACAUUAGGAUGUUAAGACAAAAAAUUCAAAGACGAUUAUUGUUUUUGCGAUUUGGGAGGGAGGCUUCAUCUUCAUCAAAAUGCUAAUUGACACGAAGACCUACCAGCCAGCAGAGAUCAGUACAAAUAAACUUUUGUCAUUAUUCUAUUACUGAGCCUUAAGCUAAUCUAUUGUAUUUUAUGUGAAAAAUUACCUAUUUUAUUACAUAAAAUAAGUUAUAGCAUAAUAAUUAUAAUUCUAAAACAGGGUUUCCCAACCAAGUUUUGUUUCUCCCAUUUUCUCCCCAAUUUGGAAUGCCCAAGUCCCAAUGCUCUCUAAGUCCUCGUGUGGCGUAGUGACUCACCUCAAUCCUGGAGGCGGAGGACGAAUCUCAGUUGCCUCUGCGUCUGAGACCAUCAAUCCAUGCAUCUUAUCACAUGGCUUGUUGAGCACAUUACCAUGGAGACAUAGCGUGUGUGGAGGCUUCACGAUAUAUUCUCCAUGGCAACCAUGCACAACUCACCACGCACCCCACCGAGAGCGAGAACCACAUUAUAGCGACCACGAGGAGGUUACCCCGUGUGACUCUACCCUGCCUAGCAACCAGGCAAAUUUGGUUGCUUAGGAGACCUGGCUGGAGUCAAUCAGCAUGCCUUGGAUUCGAACUCGUGACUCCAGGGGUGGUAGUCAGUGUCUUUACUCGCUGAGCUACGCAGGACCCACCCCCCAACCAAGUUUUUGACACCCAUAGUGGUUCAUGAUGGAACUGCAGGAGUCGAUAGAUUGCAAAAGAAUUACCUACGCAACAUUUUGCACACUCUGCAUUGGUAUUUCUUAGUACCCUAAAUAACUGCUGUUCAUAAAAAUCCACUGGUUAAACAUUGACUUAUCAAUUAAUAUUUUAAUGUUAUUGUUGCUAAGAAUUUGUAUAAAUGUGGUUAGAAACUAAAGAUUAUUUAAAUUAAAAGACUAGAUACCAGAAACAUCAUGAGCUGGCUUUAAUGUUACAGUCAGAAGUUAUUUAAAUAUGUAACAACCAAAAAUCAUGGCAAAAAGAAUCAAACGUAUGAUAUUUGAUAAGUAAACGGGAAAAUAAAGUGGCGUGAGUAGCUCUGCAGCACAUCAGCAAUAGAACGGGGCAUCCGUUUACUGUUAGUGCUACGCGACUCACUGUGCUGUGCAACGAAUGCUUCCAGUGUAGACAGCUUAAUUGAUUAUAAUGGGAUCUAUUUGCUUUUGACACGAUGCUUACAUCCUGUGUAGACUGGGUGUAAUAACUUUUAGUUUGAAAAUGUACCCAGAUAGCAUACAUACUCUCCAAGAUGUCGGUUUUAGGUCUUUUCAUCUGGAAAGCAUGGCAUUCUAAUUAAAAUCAGCUAAACAUCGUAAAAAGAUCCAAUUUACAAACAUUCUAAGUCAUAAACAUCUCAAAGACAUCUGAUCAGUGUUGGUUAAGUUACUUAAAAAUUGUAAUCCACUACAAAUGACUAAUUAUUUCUCUAAAAUUGUAAUCAGAUUACUUUACUAAUUACAUUUACAUUUAGCAGAUGCUUUUAUCCAAAGCAACUUACAAAUGAGACAUGUAGCAAGCAAUUUGUCAUACAAAGUUUACCAACAUCUGCAGUAUAGGACUGCCAAGUUCUCAGUGGCUGGAGUAGUAAAGAUGCUACCACAAAGAUGCUUUUUUUUUACAUUAAGUGCAUGUUAAGUGCAGUGGUAAGUGCUAUUAGUGUGGGUUGGUUAAGUGCUCGUGGAACAGAUGUGUUUUCAGCUGGUUCUUGAAUGUUGAGAAGGUAACAGCAGAUCGUGUGGAGGUUGGAAGUUCAUCCACCACAGAGGAGCAGUGAAAGUGAACGAUCGUGAAAUAGACUUUGAGCCUCUUUGUGAUGGGACCACAAGGCAUCACUCGUUCAUAGACCGCAGAGAGCGAGUUGGAGCAUAGACCUGAAGAAAUGAAUUGAAGUAAGAGGGUGCGGUUCCAUUGGCUGUCCUGAAAAACAGAGUCAAAGCCUUGAAUUUGAUGCAGGUGGCUACAGGUAGUCGGUCGAGUAAAAUCAAGAAUGGGGUGACAUGAGCCCUUUUUGGCUGAUUGAAGACCAGAUCCGCCACUGCAUUCUGGACCAUCUGCAGUGGCUUAAUUGUGUUAGCUGGAAGGCCAGCCAAUAGAGCAUUGCAGUAGUCCAGUGUCUGGACUAGGAGCUGUGUAGCAUAUUCAGACAGGGAAGGUCUAAUAUUCCUGAUGUUGUAAAGCACGAAUCUGCAAGGCCAGGAUUGAUGAGAUGUGUGCAGUGAAAUUAAGCUGGUCAUCUACCACCACUCCCAGGUUCCGGGUUUUUCUGGUUGGUGUUAGUGUAGUUGAACCGAGAUGAACAUUGAGGUUGUGGUCAACAGAUGGGUUGGCUGGGAUCACAAGGAGUUCUGUCUUGUUAAGGUUGAGCUGAAGGUGUCGUUCCUUCAUCCAGGCCGAAAUGUCCAAGAGGCAGGCAGAGAUACAAGCUGAAACAGUAGGGUCAUCAGGCUGGAAUGACAGGUAGAGCUGCGUAUCAUCUGCGUAGCAGUGGUAGGAAAAGCCAUGUGUCUCAAUGACCGGUGUACAUCAAGAAGAGGAGGGGUCCAAGCACUGAUCCUUGAGGGACCCCAGUGGUCAGCUGGUGUGUCUUGGACACCUCUCCUCUCCAGGAGACCUUGAAUAAUCUGCCAGUGAAUAUGACUCAAACCAUCCAAGCGCAGUUCCUGUGAUGCCCAGGUCAGAGAGGGUGGACAGGAGGAUCUUGUGGUUCACUUGUGUCGAAGGCAGCAGACAUGUCAAGGAGGAUUCGGACAGAUGAUUUGGAGUUAGCUCUCACCAGUCGCAGGUUUUCAGCUACUGACAAGAGGGCAGUCUCUGUUGAGUGUCCUUUUGUGAAGCCAGACUUAUGUCUGUCAUGUUACUAAUUACUUUACUUUUUGUUACACGCAAGGUUAUACACUCAACACCUCACAUUUCUCCUCCACAAUGACUCAUCACAGGGCCAUAAUUAAUGUAUUCUACUUAAAUAAUUGUAACAAAUCAGGUUCUUAAUGUGGAAAGGAGGAAGCGGGGACCAGUUGAACAAUCCACGUCAGACAUUUAAUGAACACUUGUGUAACAAAAGCUUGCUUUUCAGCAUCACAUUCAAUACACACUGCUUUUCAGCAGACACGUUUAACAUAAAGACACACACACAGACAGCUUCAUGCAUCUCUCUCUCUCGAACUGCGGCUCCGGCUCCAACUUAUCCCUCUCCUGGCUGAUUGCGAUCAUUCUCCCCUAGUCGUCCCUCAUCGCUCGGCCACGCCCCCCACCUGCCACAAUAACAUAUUCGAAAUCAGCGUAACCCUAUGAUGCACUUUAAAUUAAUUAAAUUAAUUGAAAGUCAGUAAAUGUAAUCUGAUUACAAGAAUUUAAAAUGCAAUGUAUUACACUACUUUUUUACUGGAAAGUAAUUAGAUUACAGUAACUAAUUACUUUGUAAUUGGAUUACUCCCAACACUGCAUCUGAUGAAUGUCUUACUGACAUCCGAGAGGAAAUUGCAAUUGAGCAACAAUCUAAAAAAUACGUCUUCCAGAUGUAAACAUACACAUCAAAUAGACGUCUGGGUGAUGUGCAUGUGCUAUCAGGGCACUGAUUUCGUUAUGUUUGCGCCUUUUAUCCACAUUACAAUGGCAUUUUCCUUCACCGAAAAUGGGAUGUUUUGAAAAAAACUCUUCAUUACUGCAUUCUUUGGAAAAUGAUGAUGUUAAGAAACUAAAAAGUGACUUUUUAAACAUAUGGAUGUGGCCGAAACCUCUGGUUAUUAUGAGAUCACAUGAGUAGUCAAAUAUUCACUUUCACUCUCACUCUCAGUCCUCAUCAACAUUAAUCCAUUUUUGUUUGAAAACUGUGUUUUAAGUUUUUUAAUGUCAUUGUUUUCCAAAGUAUGUGGUAUUGGAGAGCGUUUUCGAUAAGGUCAGUUUUCGGUGGAUGAAACCACUGUUCUAGUGUGUAUGAGAGGUACGGCCAUGUUCACGUUUUCGUUUGAAAACGCACUGAUUUCACUAUGUUUACGCCUCUCAUCCACACUAGAACGCCGUUUUCCUCCAAUAAAAUUGAAGCGUUUUGAAAACGCUACCUAUUACCGCAUACUAUGGAAAACGAUGAUGUUCACAAACUAAAAGUUUUCAAACUAAACGGAUUAGUGUGAACUCUGCCUUAGUUCACCAUUAAAUUUACUUCAAAUAAUUAAUCAAAUAAAACACUUUGAUCUCAAAAAUUAGUCUUUAAAUUAGAACAUACUAAAAAUUUCAGUGGGACUUCAUGUAAACAAUUUAGGUCAUAGAGGUUAAGGAAUCCCAUUAUUAAAGGACAUCAGUUACACCUGGUUAUAUUGUGCUAGUAGAUCACACUCAAGAUCACUAAACUCUAGAUUUCAGAAUACUGAGGAUAUGUACCUGUGUUCCAAAUUUCUCUGCCCUUUUUUGCACAACUUUUCACCACGUACCUCUUUCCUGUUCUCUUUAGAAAUGUGUGCUUUAAAAAUAAUCUCUAGCUACUUCAAUUAUGAUUUUCAAACUCAUAAAUAAUGUUUUCUGAAUCUUACAUCCCAAAUGAGUAUGUAUCAACUGAUUUUGUAUAUUCAAAGAUUCAUACAACAAAGAUAAAGGUUUAUUUUUCUAAGAGUUCAUAAUAGUUUAUGAGAGUAAACAGAUAAUAUCUAUAUAGAAGCCUAAAACUGUAUAUUAUAUCACUAUUUAACUCAUAGAACUUAAGUCACAAUUCCUGCCUGUCUCUUUAUGAGUAUGUGUUGUUGUACCUUUAACCAGCAAUGUUUCUGGAUCUAUUUCCAAUAAACUCUAUCCAGCUGUUGUGAUGAUGCAACUUGAAAGUUCUUGCUCUAUUCUAUAUUUAACCUGUAUUAGCGUACAUGCAAAGCAACUGCACAAUUUUGAGUCAUGUGUUAAUGAAUUUCCCAGGCUAACUUUUUCAGUUAAAUUGCAAAAUGUAACUCAAAAACCUUUGCUCUAUUUAUGUUUUUAAAGAUAUAUUCUAUAAUUGCUGGAUGUGCCAGGUUUUCUUCAUGGUACUGUAUGACCAAACCAAUGCCUUCUAAACUUUCCUUAAAAUACUUGUAUGGUGUUUCAGCACAUAUUUUAACACAUAUUUGUUUUUAGCUUUAGAGAGAAAUCUUCAUUAAUUAUGGAUUGUAUCUUUUAAUGGCUGGGUUUUGAUUGGCUCUGUGACUGCAGUCCCCCUCCUCUGCUAGCCAAUAGAAUGCGUUAAGGUUACAGAACGACUUCAAUAAGUGACCGUUUACAUAUACCCUGUAAUUUUUCAGUGUGGUCAGUGUUUAUACUGAUUGAUGCUUCUGUUCAAAAUUGUUUACAAAAGCUCAUAUAGUUUAAUGUAUCAAUAUUAAAUAUGACUUUUAUCGUAAUAAAAUAAACUGUAACAUUGCAA